AUGUCCCUGCUGGAAGAAUCGGUGGAAACCAAGAUGGCGGGUGCAAGACCCCACAACUUGCCACAAGGCCCGAGGGAAACGACUCUCGCUAAGCUGGAUGCACUACUCACAGAAUUUUGGCGCAAGCUCGAAGAGAGGCAACAGACUGCCAGCAAGCUUGACCACUCACCUCCGGCUGCUGACAUGAAGAGCCGAAACCAGCCCGCAUCUAAAGCACAGGAGGCUCACAGACAGGAAGCUUCCACUCGACGACCACACGCCGUGUGGGUCUGCCGCUCCUCUGUAGCUACACAUGCACUCGCUCGCACUAAGAAGAGGAGGACAGUCCAUAGGAGGAGUGCAGUUCCUGCAAAGCCAACUCACCGGCAAUGCCUCAUCAAGCUACAAGCCACCAGGCGAACCACCGCCGCAUGGCAGAUAGUGAGGAGGCUGGCUGGAUGCCACCAACUCGCUAUGGCUGAGCCCUACCGCCAUCGGCACACCUCGCACCCUUUGAGAGAUCACGCCCAUCACAAAGAGAGGCACCAAGGAAGAGGGUUGCUGUCCCAGGUGAUGAUUGACGCUAUUCCCCAAGCCUGCACCUACCUGAGUUCACCAGGGACGGACAAGGUCCGUUGCCUUACUGGACACUCCACUGGUUGGGACUGUAGAUACCCACUGAGGGGCAUCGGGUAGUUGUAAACGUAGGGCUAUAUCCUGCCACAGGCCUCCCACCACAUCAGGCCACACACAGCAGUACAUACCCUGACUAGAUUAAAAUGGCUUCACCAUAGCUUGAUACUUAACACCUCUGGCUGA